UAAGCGAGCAUUUAAAGAUCUCUAACUGCAGCCAAAUUAUUGAUACCCCGUAAGCAAUUUUACAAUUCUAAAAAAAAUGGCGACUGCUGAAGAAAUGGAACCUAUGCUAGAAUUGCAGGAAAAGCCCAUCGAAUGCAAGGGACUCGAGUAUUUUGCUUAUGACAAAGAGACAACUGAUGUCGUUUUCUGCGUUGAAGACAAACGAUUACAUCUUUCUCGAGGGGUUUUAAUGCAGGCUUCUCCAGUUUUCAGAAAAAUGCUGACCUCUAACGGGAAAGAAAACCAGAAUGAAGUUACUCUUCCUGAUAAAUCUUACAGGGAGGUUGUUCUUUUCCUUCGAUGUGUCUGUCCUAUGGAAUAUGUUAAAUUGGAUGAAGGGAUCAUUGAUAUGGUUUUGCCAUUGGCCAAAGAAUUUCAAGUCAACUCACUACUGCAUAAAUGUGAGGACUGGCUAUUGACUGAAAUCGAGUUCAUUGUUGGUGAAGUUAUUGGGCAUGUGAAGGAGACGCAAACGAAAGUAGAAUUUUUUGCAAAAUGUCUGCUUUAUGGGACAAAAAAUGAAUUGGAUAUUCUGUAUCAUCGGGCUUUUGAAUUACUUGUACCAUACAAUCUGAUUAGAUAUCAAAAUACAAAAUUCUACAAGUUCUUGCCCGAUAACGUUAAAUGGCAGCUUUUAGAGGCUCGAUUGGUAAAAAUCGAAAGAACCCAGUUCAUUGGUGAUGGAUCCUUCCCAAAAGAGAAAACAGAUGAUGCUACAUGUACUAAAGAUGAUGAUCAAAAGAAAAAGGAAAGUAGGGAUAUAAAAAUACCGGUAAUACAUGAAGCGAAAAAUCAUACCCCUCUGCAGGAGAAACCACAGUAUAGAACCAAACAGAACUACCGUGAAGUGAAGUGA